AUGGCGGCAACCUGUCGGUUCUCCGACAGCCACGAGGGUGGGCACGUCCUCUUUAGCCCCGACGGGCGGCUCGUCGCCGCCGCAGCCAUGUACCGACUCGUGGUUCGCGACGCGCGCACGCUCGAGAUCGUGCACGUCUUCGCGUGCGUCGACCGCAUCGACAUGCUCGAGUGGUCUUGCGAUUCAAAGUACGUGCUGUGCGGCCUCUUCGCGCGCGGCCUCGCGCAGGUGUGGAGCGUCGACCCCGACGAGGCGGACUGGCACGCCAAGAUCGACGAGGGUCCCCUCGGGCUCGCGCACGUGCGCUGGGCGCCUGAUGGGCGGCAUGUUCUCGCGACCUCCGACUUCCGGCUGCGCGUGACGGUCUGGUCGCUGGUCGACCGGUCCGUGUCGUACCUGCAGUACCCAAAGUUCGCCAAGGAGGGGCUGUCCUUCUCUGCCGACGGCCGGCAGAUGGCGCUCGCCCACCGGAGGGACGGGCGCGACUCGGUGCAGCUCGUCCAGACGGAGGGCUGGGCCGUCUCCCUCCGCUUCGAGGUUGCCAGCCGCGACUUGGCCGACCUUCGGUACGCGCCGCGCGGUGACACGACCCUGUGCGUCCUCGACGGGCUGCUCGAGCCGCAGGCCCUCGUCUACCGCGAGGGGCUCCUCCUGGCCACCUGCCGGCUGCAGCCCGGCCCGGAGGGCUCCUCCCACCUCGGGCCGAAGGCGCUCAGCUGGAGCCCCGCGGCCGACCUCCUCGCGGUGUGCGGCCACGACGAGAGGGUGCGGCUGCUGCACCGCGGCUCGUGGGCGCACGUCGGCGACCUGCAGCACGGCGCCGAGCUGCUCGAGGCCUUUGCGCCCGACGCGGUCGCGUACGCGAGCUCGUCGGCUUGCGACACCGAGGCGGACGCGGAGGCAGCGGAGCUGGCCGAGUCGCUGGCGGAGCUGCACGCGAGCGGCGGGCGGCAGUACGUCUACGCGGCGCAGAGGCUCCCCCUCUCGCUGCCGACCGUCCGCCCCACGCCCGAGAAGCCCAACCCGAGGAUGGGGGUCGGGCUGGCGACGUGGUCGGCGGGCGGCCGCUUCCUCGCGACGCGCGACGACGGGGCGCCGCGCGCGCUGUGGGUGUGGGACGGCGCGUCGCUCGGGCUGCACUCGCUCCUGCUGCAGGCGCACGCGGUGCGCGCCGCCGCGUGGCACCCCACGAGGCAGCUGCUCGCGCUGUGCACCGGCAUCGGCGCCGUUGUCCUCUGGUCGCCGCGCGGGUGCCAGACGGUGCCGCUGCCCGAGGGGCGGUCCUUCCGCGUGUGCGGCCUCGCGUGGGGCGGCGGCGGCGACGCGCUCCUCCUCCUCGACAAGGACCGCUUCACCCUCGCUCACGUCCAGACCGGGACAGAGCCGGAGCCUCCCCCGCCGGCGCCGCAGCUCGACCCCGACCUGGAGGAGGAGCUCAAGCGGCUCCUCGCGGCCGAGAAAGGCGACGAGAAUGCGGACGCGCAGUACGAGUACCUGCCUCCGCCGGACGGCGCCGGCGCGGAGUAA